AUGGCAGGUAUAGUGCAGCCUAGAUUUUCAGAUGGCGAGGAUGGGAACCGGCUGAUGGCAGAGACCGCUGCUCUUCUUGAAUCUAAGUGGGCGCUGGACGAGACUCAGCAGGGUCUUGAAAAGACCUUCAACUUCCCCACUUAUGCUAAAGCCUUGAAAUUCAACAGACUUACUGCCUCCCCUCAGAGCUACAAAUCCGUGUUCUAUCACUGGACGACACAUGAGCCCCGAGGUCUCUCCUCAAAAGACAUUCACAUGGCACGGUUGUGUGAUGAUAAGGCAAAUCUCCUAGGACAUUCGACUGGGAGCGAGACCGUACAGAAGAGUCCGACUUCGGUUGCGUAA